UAGAGUGUGUCUUUUGCAAUGUGAAUAUAAGGGCACUUCUUGGGACUACCUCUAUCACCCCUUUUCACCAAUACUUCAUCAAUCUUGCCAAGAGACAAUGAGAAGGAAAGAAUUGCCUCACGGGUUGUGCUUGAGAUUCUCCUUACGCCUAGGUUUCCAUCGGUACAAGAACGCCAGGUCUGUUAGCACGGUUGCAAGGAAGUUAUGAAUGAAAUGUAGAAUAAUCUUCAUCGGCAAAGAUGGCAAGGACAGGAGUUCUCAUGCUGACGGCGCUCGCUGCCAUGACUAAGCCUCUCUGUGCAGCCCUCUCACCCAGCCCUCAUUGCCCUUGUGCCAAGCAACCCGUGGAAGUGACAUCACGUCCCUACGUAGAAGAGGAAAUCAUAUCAGCCAGGCACCAUGAGUUGCUUUGCUGCCCCGAGGCACUGCUUGGACCCCUGCGUGGCGGGUUCAAGAUCAUGUGGGCAUUCAAAGGAAGGGAACUGCACCUAAAUGAAUCAAGAGACUACUGCACUUUCAAAAAACAUCCCGUCUGUGGUUUAGAGACACUGCAGACCGGCUCGUCACUUCCGACCGACGAGGGAAAUUAUACUUGUACUAUUACCACCUCUGACGGCACCGUGGCCACGAGAACCUUCUCCUUAUGUGUUGCUGUAAGUGAAAUAAGGAGAGAAGCGCCCGUAGAGUCUUCCGUGUCGCCUACUCAGCUGGCCCUCCCAAGGCAAAAGGCUCGUUUUUCCUGCCAGGCUCUCGUGGGUCUCGGAGGCUGCGGAAGGUUUCUGAAGCACAAUAUCACGUGGUACAAAGUGGGUGAAGACGGUUCGAAAACACUGGCUGAGCUUUUGCCUUCUACCGAGACCACGAAGAUGAUGCAGAAGAGAGGAAUGGUGAAACACGAACUGAUCAUCAGCCGCGUGGAGUCGGUUCAUUACGGGUCCUACAUGUGCGUUGUCACUAACCAGUACGGAACUCUCGUUCUCAACUCAACACUUUUAAAUGGAGUCCCAAGCGUGGUGAUGCUGGCCGGGCAUUAUCGAGCGGCCGUUGUUGUUAUGACCAUGGCUGGCAUCAUGCUUGUUGUUAUCCUCCUCUUCUGGUUCCGGUGCCGAAUGAUGGUGGCACUGUACUACCGCGAGAAGACGUUCGUCCCUGAUCCUGAAGACAAGCACAAAUACGACCUCUUCGUGAUCCACGGAGAUUCGGCGUCCAAGUGGGUGUGGCGUGUGUUUGUCCCUUCGCUGGAAACGACCCUCGGCUACUCGUGCUUCCUGCCCGAUCGGAACAUGGCCGGCGGGGAACUUCUCCUAGACGCCAUCACGGAAGCGGUCUCGCGGUGCCGUUGCGUGGCGGUGGUGAUGACGCCGUGCGUGAUGGAGAACCCGUGGCUCGUGUGGGCGUUGCACAGGGGCGUGGACGCGGCGCUCACCUCCAACACUCGCAUCUUCGGGGUCGUGUUGCAGGACAUUCGUCAGUUCCCCAAACAUCCGGAGAAUAGCAAAGCCAAGAGCAUCCUGAAGACACUCAGGAAGAUUGACGUCCCCCUGUGCCUUCGCCUGGUGGAUGACGCCGCCCACGCCCCCGCCGUCGAGCCGAUCACGGAGGAGCCGCCGAGGUGCAUCGAGAACAGGAACCUCAACAUCCCCGACAGGCUCCCCCCCGCCCUCAGAUCCCGCUCGAAGUCCCCGAAGAACCAGCGGCUUGCCAACAUGAUCCUCGGGAGCAACAACACGUCCAGAGAGAAACGGGAAAGGAGGAGUAACAGACACAAGAAAGAAAUAGAAAACGCGGAACUGGGGCUCAAGAAAGAAUUGGGGAAGAAGAAGGAGGAAAGUAGGAAUUCGAAGAAGGACGGACCCGUUGUCUUCACUGAGAAUGACGACCUGCAGGAGCUGGGUUCCCCAUGCUCGGUGACGCCCUUUCUCUUCCCGAACCGAGCGCGUCCGAGGAAGCGGACGAAUGGAAUGACCCUGAGUAAGUGCCUGAAGCUGAUGUGCGCCGGGGACCCCGAGCAACUCUUCUGGCAGAGUGUCCGGCUCCAGCUGGGUCCGCCUUGCGGCUUGAGGAAGGCAGGCGACGCCCGGAAGGACUGCACGAUAUAGUUCAUAUAGACUGAGUUAAUGAAAUACAGGCACACACACAUAUAUACACUAUAUUUAUCCACUAGCACACACGCACACACACGUGUGUGUGUGUG